GCCCCGUGCCCGAGUGAGUCCUUACCGCCCCUGGCUUCCACUCCGCUAGUACGCAUGUCCACAGCCUCACUGCCCGGGAGACCCGGGGCGCGGAAGGAAGGAGGCGGGACAAUAUCACAAACAAAAAAAUACGGCCUUCUCGGGAAGCGACGGCGAAGGGCCCGCCCCUCCCAGAAGGCGGCGCAGCCUGCCCAGGCCAGCCACGCGGAGGGUUGUGGGGCGGAUAGCUCCCCUCCAGAUGGAGGCUCAUGAAGUAGGGUGGGCGGGGGACUCCAUAUCCCAGCGUGCCCCGCGGCGGGCCCUACCGGCCGCGACUCCGGGCUUGGCCCCGGCCCUAGCUCGUCUGCGGUGUAUUGGGGCGCGUGGAGGCUGCAGUCACAGUGGCGCCCGCGGGGACGGAGGAGGGAAUGAGUGAAGAGGAGCAAGGCUCCGGCACUACCACAGGCUGCGGGCUGCCUAGAGCAAAUGCUGGCCGCCAACCCAGGCAAGACCCCGAUCAGCCUUCUGCAGGAGUAUGGGACCAGAAUAGGAAAGACGCCUGUGUACGACCUUCUCAAAGCCGAGGGCCAAGCCCACCAGCCUAAUUUCACCUUCCGGGUCACCGUUGGCGACACCAGCUGCACUGGUCAGGGCCCCAGCAAGAAGGCAGCCAAGCACAAGGCAGCUGAGGUGGCCCUCAAACACCUCAAAGGGGGGAGCAUGCUGGAGCCGGCCCUGGAGGACAGCAGUGUUUGGCAGCACAGGAUCCCAGAAGGAAGCUGUUGGUUGAGGCUCCCUGAUCCUUUGGCUCAAUUUGGAAGUUCUCUUAGGGGAUGGGCAGACUCUUCACUGCCUGAGGACGUUCCGGUUUUUACUGCUGCAGCAGCUGCUACCCCAGUUCCAUCUGUUGUCCUAACCAGGAGCCCCCCCAUGGAAAUGCAGCCCCCUGUCUCCCCUCAGCAGUCUGAAUGCAACCCUGUCGGUGCUCUACAGGAGCUGGUGGUGCAGAAAGGCUGGCGGUUGCCGGAGUACACAGUGACCCAGGAGUCGGGGCCAGCCCACCGGAAAGAAUUCACCAUGACCUGCCGAGUGGAGCGUUUCAUUGAGAUUGGAAGUGGUACGUCCAAAAAAUUGGCAAAGCGGAAUGCGGCGGCCAAAAUGCUGCUUCGAGUGCAUACGGUGCCUCUGGAUGCCCGGGAUGGCAAUGAGGUGGAGCCUGAUGAUGACCACUUCUCCAUUGGUGUGGGCUCCCGCCUGGAUGGUCUUCGGAACCGGGGCCCAGGCUGCACCUGGGAUUCUCUACGAAAUUCAGUGGGAGAGAAGAUCCUGUCCCUCCGAAGUUGCUCCCUGGGCUCUCUGGGUGCCCUAGGCCCUGCCUGCUGCCGUGUCCUCAGUGAGCUCUCUGAGGAGCAGGCCUUCCAUGUCAGCUACCUGGAUAUUGGGCUGCCUCCCACCCAACACUGCCUCCUUCCUCCCUCUUGCUCUCCAGAGGAGCUGAGCCUGAGUGGACUCUGCCAGUGCCUGGUGGAACUGUCCACCCAGCCGGCCACUGUAUGUCAUGGCUCUGCAACCACCAGGGAGGCAGCCCGUGGUGAGGCUGCCCGCCGUGCCCUGCAGUACCUCAAGAUCAUGGCGGGCAGCAAGUGAAGCCCCAGCUGGACUCAUGGAUGUGCACCCUUUGCUCCCUGCUCUUCCUGCCUCUGGGCUCAUGUAUCUGCGCAGCUCUGGUACCCUCUGUGGGUGCCAUCUCUACCUCUGACACAGACUGCCUGCCUUGAGGUGAGAAGGCACAGGGCAAGGAGCCAAGGACCACAGGGCCUCAGCCAGCCCAGGAUCCGUCCACAUUUUAUUGGUGAUGAUGAGUGGGAAUGAAAUCAGGGGGCUGUCUACUAGAGCACUAGAGCCUGGAAUAAAUAUGCUGCUUUGUGGAUUUUUAA